UUAAGAGGGGCGGUGCCCGUGUCGCUCCGUUACCAGACAUUUCUGUCCCUCAGCCCGGCGGAGAGAUGGCGAUCAAUAAACCGGGGCAGCCCGGUAACCAGAGCUUUCUGAUGUUUUACGACUAUGUGGAGCUGUCAUUCAAUAACAAGAAUGCAACAUUGGAGAUUUUCAACAGUUCAAGGAAGGGAACUGUUUACCUGUUGCCACAUCAAGUUGUCUUUUUGUCAAAAGAUCUCAAAAAGGCGCUGAAAUCCUUCACAAUGCCCCUUUCUCUGAUGAAGGAUUGUAAGAUCAAGCAGCCAAGGCUUAGGCCAGGCUACAUCAAAGGACAUAUCGAAGCUGCACCAAAUGGAGGGUGGGUAGGUUCUGCAACAUUUAAACUUACCUUUCACAAUGGAGGGGCCAACGAAUUUGGACAGUUGAUGUUACAGUUACAAGCUGACGAAAUUAAAAAGCAUGGUUUGGUUUCACCAGAUCAAAUUCAAAAACAUGAUUCCAUUUCACGAACUGAAGUUCAAAACCAUGAUUCCGUUUCACCAGAUGACCAUUGAGGAUCUGAACAAUGCUUUCCCUGGGAUCCAGCUAGACAAGAAGUAUUUCUUCUGGCUGCACAAGCCCAUCAGUGAGCUGUAAUUGUCCAUGUUCCAGCAGGGUCACUAUUGCUGCACCUAGCUAUCUCUUGUGAAAUAAAGCUAAGUUGAGUGUU